CCCUGCAAAGGGGCCCUUGGCCAUUGUUUCCAAGGGGUGAGGGGUUUCUAGAACCAGCCCUUCCCCUUGUCUGUCCACAGAGCUGGAGGCGCGUGAGCCUGGCCCUGGUUCCUGCCACUCCAGGCCUCAGCGGGCUGUGGCAGAACGGCCCUGAGGGCCCCUGCCUUUGAUGAGGGCUGCAGAAAUGAGGGGCACUCAGGAGAGCCCUGGGGCCCCAGGAAUACCAUUCCUGACUUUGUCUUCAGCUGGGUGGGAGUCCAAGGUUGUGUGGGAUGAUAAGAGGUGCUUAUCAUAUUCCUUAUCUGAGGCUCUGUUGCAAGUCCAGCGGUGAAGGGUGGGAGCCAGAGAUCAUCCUUAGGGGCUUUGUACACCCAGGCCAGGCUCUGUGUCCUUCUGGAGUGCGCUCUCCCAGGGAAAGCCCAGGAUCGGGCCAGACUCUGGGUCAGUGCUCUCAGGGCUCCUCUGACCUCCCAGUCCUGGGGUUCACUCCCCCCAUGCAUCUUGAGGUUCCUCAGCCUGCCUGGUCUCCCCUCUGCUAUGUUGUCCCUUCCUGAGAUAUACUCGUGAACGGACCUAGUAAACUCAUCCACCCUGAGGUGCAGACAACUAAUAACAGCUCAGCGACUUCCAGCCUUUCUUGACAAGCGGUAUCUACCUACCAAUGUUGAGAAUCCCUUAGCUCCGAGAAGGAAGCACUAGCGAAACGUCAAGUGUCUUGGGCUAUUAGAGAAGUGCGCUGGGGGCUGAGGAACCUCCAAAAUCUCAUGUAGUGAGAGCCUUUUCCCACAAGCUCGUGUGGUGGCUCAGAGCUUCACAGGAUCGUUCUGGGUCCCAGGGUCCAUUUUGAGGUGGGCCAGAGUGAGGCUGUGAACUGGGUGUCUGGAGACCCUGGGAAGGCCCGGGGCUGAGGUCACAGACAUGUGGUCAGUCAGGAAGGAGGUGAACUGCAGGGCUUCUGACUAAGGAGGGACGGGGAGGCUGUGCAGGUUAGGGUUUGGCCCAUUGGGGACCCAGCAGGAGUCCUGCAAAUUCUUGCCCCUCUGCCUUGGUGCAGGGGCAGCUUGGCCUGGGGCCCUGUGAGGCCAGGCUGUGUGAGGGGUGGAGGCUGUCAGAGACUCAGUCUGGGAGCAGGGAGGGGCCGGGUCAGUGGCCUGGAGCCCUGGGUCAGUGAGACGGGAGCUGGGAGCCCGUCUGCCUCGGACGGGGUUGUGGGUGUGCGAGGCCUUCCGGGCGUGUGGUUCCCCCUGCGCUGUGAGUAGUCCUCAGCAGAGUUUGCAGCUCCCAGGGGAUUGUGUAACUUCCUCUCAGGCCAAGGUGCAGGGGGCUGGGUGAGAAACAGCCCUGGGGAAAAUGAGGAAACUGGGGCUGGCGCUGGGGCAGGGGCCUGGCCCUGGGCUCUGGCCCCCGGAGGAGCUGAGCGUUCCUGGGGGCCUCCUUCCAGGGGGCUGCCCUCGCCCAGGAUUGCUGAGGAUCAGAUGGAACCAAAACCCUGGAUGGGUCCUGAGGGAGGCCUCCAGAGAACAGAGAUCCUAGACUCUUGAGCACCCAGAGCUACCAGGAAUUUUUCAGGGCUUGGGGCUGCCUGCAGGUCCUGAUGUAUUUUGUCUGGGCUGGCUUCAAGCUUUUGUUUCCUGCUGGUUUGUGCAGACCUUUGAAGUGCUGACCCCAGAUCCAACUCCAGAGUUUCUCAAGAUGCAUUCUGUGGAAGGGUUUGGUGAUCAAGCAGGUUUGGGAGAGUGGAGCCGGCAGCCGCCAUGGCGUCGCGAAUCGGGCUCCGCAUGCAGCUCAUGCGGGAGCAGGCGCAGCAGGAGGAGCAGCGGGAGCGCAUGCAGCAGCAGGCCGUCAUGCAUUACAUGCAGCAGCAGCAGCAGCAGCAGCAGCUGGGGGGGCCGCCCACUCCAGCCAUCAACACCCCCAUCCACUUCCAAUCUCCGCCACCAGUGCCCGGGGAGGUGCUGAAGGUGCAGUCCUACCUGGAGAACCCCACCUCCUACCACCUGCAGCAGUCCCGGGACCAGAAGGUGCGGGAGUACUUGUCUGAGACCUACGGGAACAAGUUUGCUGCUCACAUCAGCCCCGCCCAGGGCUCCCCAAAGCCCCUGCCAGCCGCCUCCCCAGGCGUGCGGCCCGCACACGUGUUGUCGUCCUCAGCCGGCAACAGUGCUCCCAACAGCCCCAUGGCCAUGCUGCACAUCGGCUCCAACCCCGAGCGGGAGUUUGAUGUCAUUGACAACAUUAUGUGUCUGGACGAUGUCCUGGGCUUCAUCAAUCCUGAAACUCAGAUGCCCAACACGGUACUGCUGGCCAGGGCAGGGCGGCUGCCUCUGUCCAGCAGUCACCUGAAUGUGUACAGUGGAGACCCCCAGGUCACCGCCUCCCUGGUGGGCGUCACCAGCAGCUCCUGCCCAGCCGACCUGACGCAGAAGCGUGAGCUCACAGAUGCUGAGAGCCGGGCCCUGGCCAAGGAGCGGCAGAAGAAAGACAAUCACAACCUCAUUGAAAGGCGACGGAGGUUCAACAUCAAUGACCGCAUCAAGGAGCUGGGCAUGCUGAUCCCCAAGGCCAAUGAUUUGGACGUGCGCUGGAACAAGGGCACCAUCCUCAAGGCCUCUGUUGACUACAUCCGGAGGAUGCAGAAGGACCUGCAGAAGUCCCGGGAGCUGGAGAACCAUUCUCGGCGCCUGGAGAUGACCAACAAGCAGCUCUGGCUCCGUAUCCAGGAGCUGGAGAUGCAGGCUCGGGUGCACGGCCUGCCCACCACCUCGCCCUCCGGCAUGAACAUGGCCGAGCUGGCCCAGCAGGUGGUGAAGCAGGAGCUGCCCAGCGAGGAGGGCCCAGGGGAGGCCCUGCUAUUGGGGGCCGAGGUCCCCGACCCUGAGCCACUGCCGGCUCUGCCGCCCCAGGCCCCGCUGCCCCCUCCAGCCCAGCCACCCCAGCCACCAUCCCCAUUCCACCACCUGGACUUCAGCCACAACCUGAGCUUUGGGGGCGGGGGCAACGAAGGGCCCCCGGGCUACCCCGAACCUCUGGGGCCAGAGCAUGCCUCCCCGUUCCCUGACCUGUCCAAGAAAGAUCUGGACCUCAUGCUCCUAGACGACUCCCUGCUCCCGCUGGCCUCCGACCCCCUCUUCUCCACCAUGUCCCCUGAGGCCUCCAAGGCCAGCAGCCGCAGGAGCAGCUUUAGCAUGGAGGAGGGCGACGUGCUGUGACCUGGGCGACAGGGGCGGGCCUGGGGGCUGGGAGGGCCAGGGCCACCGCCCCCCACCCUUCAGGCUGCACUUGUGUGUGAAGUAGCCCCUGCCCGGCCUCACUCCUCCUGUCGGCCCCCGCACCCUGUGUGGACUUAGUGCCCGCUUGGCAGCCCGUGGGUUGGAAGCCCCCCACCCAGGGGCAGCCCUCUUCAUGGGGCUGGGCAGGAAGAGGCCUUCAGCCCGGCUCCUCCCAGAGGUGACAUCGUGAGGGCAAGGCGAGGGGGCGCCGCAGAGGGGGGACAGGAUGUGCUGGAGUUAAGAAGACAUCUUACCUUCGAGCCUGGUCCCCCCAUCAGUGAAGGAGGACUCAUUGGAACCAGGGGUCCAGAAGUUCCUUCUUGGAGGCAUGGACUGGUCCAGGGGUGCCCAGGCUUGCCUUUCUGGCACUCUCCCCACCCACAGGUGGGGCCCCCACCCCCGCUUUGGUGCUAACAGCUCUCCUCCAGGUGGUGUGAGGGCGGGGGUGGCCAGAAGAGGGGGUGCUGGGUUCAAGUUAGAACGUGGGGUCACUGCUGGAAGAGCAGCUCCCCUCAAGGCUCCCCACUUUGUGCCUUUAGUAAACACUGUGCUUUGUA